UUGCGUUUCGCGUGAGGAGAAGCGGGGGCGCGGCAAGCCCCUCACCUCGGGCGGAUUCCUCAGCCAGGUCACCACCACCCCCCGCCGCCUCAGGCCAACGUUUUUUUGCCCCCCUUCUCUCUCUCUCUCUCUGGGAGGGGGGGAAGGUGAAAACGAGCGGGUCAGGUUGGCCCCGAUGCAGAGGCUGAACAUGGAGCAGGCGCCGGGAGGGCGGGAGGCUGCCUCUGCUCAGCGGCGCUGCUGCUGCUACUACUAGGAUCGGAAAACGAGCCUUGCCCGGCGGCCCCCCGAGGAGAUGAGAUCUCGCAAAGGGUAGCCGGAGGGAGAGGCAGAGCCAGCCGGAGGAGGAGGACCGAGCCGAAGCCCUGAGGAGGAGGCAUCGCGCCCCGGGGAGGUGGAGGUCGUGCAACAUGCCAGUUCGCAGAGGUCACGUGGCGCCACAAAACACCUUUUUGGGGACCAUCAUCCGGAAAUUCGAAGGGCAAAAUAAAAAAUUCAUCAUUGCUAAUGCCAGAGUGCAGAAUUGUGCGAUCAUCUACUGCAAUGAUAGCUUCUGCGAGAUGACGGGGUUCUCCCGGCCAGAUGUCAUGCAAAAACCCUGCACCUGCGACUUCCUUCAUGGACCAGAAACCAAAAGGCACCACAUUGCCCAAAUUGCCCAGGCAUUGCUUGGAUCGGAGGAGAGAAAAGUGGAAGUUACCUAUUAUCAUAAAGAUGGGUCUACCUUCAUUUGUAACACCCACAUCAUCCCAGUGAAAAACCAAGAAGGAGUGGCUAUGAUGUUUAUUAUUAUCUUUGAAUAUGUAACUGAUGAAGAAAAUGUGGAGUCUCCAGAGAAAUUCAGCCAGAUACUAACAGCCAAAGUUACAAACCAUAGUAACAACCUUUCAAGAGGAGCUUCAUCAGGCAAACUUUUUGGAUUCAGGCUACCUGGAUGGAGUCUUUUUUCCUACAGAAAGCAAUCUUUGCCACAAGAAGAUCCUGAUGCAGUGAUUGUUGAUUCAUCAAAGCACAGCGACAACUCCAUGGCCAUGAAGCAUUUUAAAUCUCCUACAAAAGAAAGCUGCAGCCCCUCUGAAGGAGAUGACACCAAGGCACUCAUUCAACCAAGGACGUGUUCGCCUCCAGUGAAUAUAUCUGGGCCUCUAGAUCAUUCAUCACCAAAACAGCAGUGGGAUCGACUGUACCCGGAUAUGCUGCAUUCCAGCGCAGCAUUGACUCUUGCUCAAUCAAAAGAGAGCAUCAGUAGUAUAAGGAGGGCAUCUUCAGUGCACAACAUAGAAGGAUUUACCAUCCAUCCGAAGAACAUGUUUAGAGAUCGGCAUGCUAGUGAAGACAAUGGUCGCAAUGUCAAAGUUUCGCGCUCCUGGAUGGCAGGGGGUCCUUUUAACCAUAUCAAGUCAAGUCUGUUAGGAUCGACAUCUGAUUCAAACCUCAACAAAUACAGCACCAUCAAUAAGAUUCCCCAGCUCACUCUAAACUUUUCUGAUAUCAAAAAUGAAAAAAAGGCAUCAUCACCUCCAUCAUCAGAGAAAACAAUUAUUGCACCCAAAGUGAAAGAAAGAACACACAAUGUCACUGAAAAGGUUACCCAG